AUGGCGGAGCUGACGUCCAAAGGCAGCAACAUGAUCAGCUGUGCAACUAGUACAACUAUAAUCUCUCUAUGGCAGACAUUUCUGGAGCGAGUAGAUCCUGUUCUGAAGAUAAUACAUGUCCCAACUAUCCAGCAAAAAAUAAUGGAUGUUGUGACAGGUCGAGUCUCUGCCAGUGUUGAAUUUAAAACUCUUAUUGAUGCUAUCUGCUACUCUGCGGUGAUUACCAUGUCGGUUGAGGAAUGCCAACGAUUCCAUAACAAGGAAAGAGAAGAAUUUCUUAGCGGGUAA